GUGUAAGGGCUGCUAUUGACAAUAAUAUUGUCUCGUGUAAGGGCCGCUUUUUAAAUGUUCACGUCGAUGUGUAAACUCCACUAAAUUCCACUCACACACGCGAAAUCCACGCAUAUUUUUAAUUAUAAAUAGACCUGGCAUCCCUAAAAAAGACUCAAUUGUCCUGUCAUUCCACACUUGAUAAUCAAGCUUACAGUGAGUCAACCUUUCAUAAGAUUUACAAUCUUGGUAUCGCGCAACAUUAUUAUUCGCUUCCAAUGUUGCACGUAAGAUAAUAGAAAUAGGUGCAAAUCAUAUUCCUAAUGUUACCAAGAAUUACAAACUUUCAUUUAAACACAUUUCAAUACGAUUUAAUCGACGAUAUCUAAUUUUAGCAAUUGUGUUCGCAAAAAUUUUGUUGUGAUCUUUUGCAUUUGUUAAAUAUAAAGAAUGUUUUUAACUCAUAUCCAAUUUGCAUGUUUUAUUUUCCUGCCAAUACCUUCUAUGUAUUAUCUUGGUGGAUACAAGAGUAAUGGAAAAACAUUACGCAUAGCGAAAGGGAAACAUUUUUAGUCAAUCGUGGAUUCGUGCAAAGUGCAAGAGUUUUAAUUCGUCGUAAGCAUUGUCUAAGAAGUAAUGGAUAUACGAUAGUGACUAGCAAUUUUGUGCUUUUCGUGAUCGCUCGCAUAGGAGCGACUGACGCAAAAAUACACAAGAGGAAGGUGGCAGAGCACCAGUACAGCUGAAAAGUAAUUAGCUUUUUAAUCAAUCAAUUUCGAUUCCUACGAGCUGUGGAGAGUGUUUGUGGCGACAAUUACUUGAUAGUGUUGUGAUAUUUGGGUUCGUGGCUUAACGGAGCACUGCCAUACAGUUGCUAAGCAAGAGAAAAUGUCUAACAAAAUUAACAAUCCAAAAAGGCGAGAGGUCACUGGUUCAUCGUCUUCUAAUUCAUCUAUUUCAUCGGUCGGAGCUGGGGAUAACGGAAUUUCGGCAGAUUUGGCAUCGUUAUUCGAGUGCCCGGUAUGUUUCGAUUAUGUACUACCACCAAUAUUACAGUGCCAAAGUGGUCACUUGGUGUGUACAAGUUGCCGUUCAAAAUUAACUUGCUGUCCCACAUGUCGUGGCUCUCUGGGGAAUAUUCGAAACUUGGCAAUGGAGAAGGUUGCCUCAAAUGUAAAAUUUCCUUGCAAGCAUUCAAACCAUGGCUGUACUGUCUCAUUAGUUUACACCGAAAAGGCUGAGCACGAAGAAGCUUGCGAGUUCCGACCCUAUCUCUGUCCAUGUCCGGGAGCAUCAUGCAAAUGGCAAGGGUCACUAGACUAUGUGAUGCCUCAUCUGAUGAUGUCCCACAAAAGCAUUACCACACUCCAGGGAGAGGACAUUGUGUUUCUCGCAACUGACAUCAAUCUCCCCGGUGCCGUCGAUUGGGUCAUGAUGCAGUCUUGCUUCGGACACCAUUUCAUGUUGGUGCUUGAGAAACAGGAAAAAUAUGACGGCCAUCAACAGUUCUAUGCGAUUGUUCAACUAAUCGGAUCUCGAAAGGAAGCGGAAAAUUUCGCCUACCGACUGGAGCUAAACGGUAAUCGUCGCCGGUUAACCUGGGAAGCAAUGCCCCGAUCCAUUCAUGAAGGAGUGGCCAGCGCGAUCCUCAACUCGGACUGUCUUGUGUUCGAUACCUCAAUUGCACAGCUUUUUGCCGAUAAUGGUAAUCUUGGUAUUAAUGUGACUAUAUCCGUUGUGUAGAAAGGGACGUUUCGUUGACAUUUCAUUACUUCUAAAAUGCAUUAAAUUAAUUCUACAUCACAUACGUAUAGCAUAUGCAUAUGAUAGCAAGAAAGCAUAACUCAUUGAAAAAUUGAUAAGCGUAAAUUGACGGGGCAUAUAUUACCUCUAUUGAAAUCAAUUAUGCAAGUAGAGAUGUAGUUUAGUUUUGAGGAGCGAUAGAUUGAAUUGACAUAAAAAAUACAAUCAACCGGCGUGAAUUGGUAUGGUAGGAUUUUUAUCUCGAAAUAGAAGGUAGAAAGUAUCCUCCUCUUGCGCAAAUGGACGACUUACGAUUUUUUUCCACAUUUAGUUGAUAUUGUCAGGAUGUAAAAAUUUCAGUCAAUAAACUAAUUUUAUUGAAAGCAUAGAAAAUGUUUUGUUUCUGUCACUGUUAACUAUGUU